UCCCCCACAUCCCUUUAGGACCCCCCACAUCCCCUUAAAAUCCCCCAUUUUUUCUCCCCUUCAGCUCCUACUUGCACUGCGAGUGGGCCACCAUCGACCAGCUGGAGAAAGACAAGAGGAUCCACCAGAAGCUGAAACGUUUCAAAACCAAGAUGACACAGAUGAGGCACUUCUUCCACGAGGACGAGGAGCCUUUCAACCCCGAUUACGUGGAGGUGGAUCGGAUCCUGGAUGAGUCCCACAGCGUUGAUAAAGACAACGGGGAGCCCGUGGUUUAUUACCUGGUGAAGUGGUGCUCCCUGCCCUACGAGGACAGCACCUGGGAGCUGAAGGAAGACGUGGAUGAAGGGAAGAUUGGGGAAUUCAAACGGAUCCAAGCACGCCAUCCGGAGCUCAAACGUUUGGUGGGCGUCCCCUCAACCCCCUUUUUAGGUUCACAACCCCAUCACAGAAUCCUUAAAACCACACCUUCAGCUUGGAAAAGACCUUAAAGGUCAUCGAGGAUCCAGACAAACCAUCCGAACUCUGACACAACCCUCAGCUAAAUCACCUCAGCAGCUCGUUUUUAAACACAUCCAGGCCUGCUGACUCCACCACCUCCCUAUGGAAGCCCUUCCUGCAAAGAUUU